CUGAUGAUGUGCAUCUUAUUUCUGCACACUACCAACAAUCCAGCACCAAAUGAGUUCAGACUGAUUUUGGCAUCCAACAGAGAUGAACACUAUGAGCGUCCAACUCGUCAGGCUCAUUUUUGGGAUGAUGAUCCUACAGUGAUAGGAGGGCGUGAUCUAGAACCAGGCAAAGAAGGUGGCUCCUGGUUGGCCGUGUCAUCACAAGGCCGCAUUGCAGUACUACUUAAUGUGACGGGUGAGAAUAUUCAAGAUCCAGCUUGCAACGUUGGGAGGGGUUUCAUUGUAGCUGAUUUUGUAACCAACAAGCAACAUGAGAUGCAAGAAGAAUAUCUUGAAAGACUUUCUAAAAGUGGUCAUAAAUACAGCCCCUUCAACUUCAUCAGUAUUGACAUUAGUUCGAAGGAAAUCAAAGUGCAGCAGUACUCUAAUGCCUCUGGUUGUAAGAAUCAGGCAGAGAAUAUUGGAUCAGGGUCAAGAGGAUGGGGAAAUUCCAUUCCUGAUCGUCCAUUUUCCAAGGUGAAAGCUGGUACUUCCCGUUUUAAGGACAUUGUGGAGAUUUAUGGGAAAACAGAAGACAAGGACAUCUUAAUUCAGGAGUUACUAUCAUUGCUUAAAUGGGAUAAGAGCCACUUUCCGGAUCCUGAACUUCAACGACGACUAAAUAAUCGAAGUGCUUCUGUUGUGGAGAAAACUAGUUCUGUGUUUGUCAGUAUCCCAGAACAUGGAUAUGGUACCAGGACCCACAGUAUUAUACUGAUUGAUGAAAAAGGACAAGUAGAUUUUACAGAAUGGACCAUGAAAGAGCCUAUUGAUCCACUAAAUCCAACAUGGUUAUCUGUCAAACAUACCUGCCAAAUGGAGAACUGUUAAUGCAGUUGUACUAAUUAAAAGGAACAGCUCCAUGAAGUUGGCCUAAAGGAUCUCUAACACAAAUACAAACAUCACAAACCAGUAAGAGUCAAUUAUGAUGAACUUUAAUGAAAAUGUGUAAGCCUUAAUGUUCGAUAAUACAUUAUGUUACAGAAUCCUACAAUUCUGCCACAGUACAUAAAACAUGUAGCAGUUAAAGGGUUAAAUAGACAUGUUCCAUGUUGAAAUGCUUGCUCAAAUGUAAGUGUGCUAAUAAGAGAGAGAUAUGGGCAAACCCAGCAUACCUUAAGUCUUUUGUGAUUAUA